UGCCCGGACACUGACGACACUAUGGCAAUUCUCACUCCCAUUGGGUGCUGUGAACCCUGUGAACCAAUCAGCGUCGUCAUGGUACAGGAGUUAUAAAGUCCACGCAGCCCGCGGGACUCAGACCGGUCCCGGAUCUCAGAUGGGGGCGAUGGCACCCCGCACGCUGCUCCUGAUCCUGGCGGCCGCCCUGGCCCCGACCCAGACCCGCGCGGGCUCUCACUCGAUGCGGUAUUUCGACAUCGCCGUGUCCCGGCCCGGCCUCGGGGAGCCCCGGUUCAUUAUCGUCGGCUACGUGGACGACACGGAGUUCGUGCGCUUCGACAGCGACGCGGAGAAACCGAGAUACGAGCCGCGGGCGCCGUGGAUGGAGCCGGAGGGGCCGGAGUAUUGGGAGGAGCAGACACGGAGAGCCAAGGAAGGCGAGCAGACUUUCCGAGUGAACCUGAGGACCGCGCUCCACUACUACAACCAGAGCGAGGACCGCUCUCACACCAUCCAGAGAUUGUCUGGCUGUGACGUGGGGUCGGACGGGAGGCUCCUCCGCGGGUAUGAGCAGUACGCCUACGAUGGCCGCGAUUACAUCGCCCUGAACGAAGACCUGAAAACGUGGACGGCGGCGGACUUUGCGGCACGGAUCUCCCGGAACAAGUGGGAUCAGGCUGGUGUUGCAGAGAGACUCAGGGCCUACCUGGAGGGCGAGUGUGUGGAGUGGCUCCGCAGAUACCUGGAGCUCGGGAAGGAGACGCUGCUGCGCUCAGAUCCCCCAAAGGCACAUGUGACCCUUCACCCCAGACCUGAAGGUGAUGUCACCCUGAGGUGCUGGGCCCUGGGCUUCUACCCUGCUGACAUCACCCUGACCUGGCAGUUGAAUGGGGAGGACCUGACCCAGGACAUGGAGCUUGUGGAGACCAGGCCUGCAGGGGAUGGAACCUUCCAGAAGUGGGCAUCUGUGGUGGUACCUCUUGGGAAGGAGCAGAAUUACACAUGCCGUGUGGAGCAUGAGGGGCUGCCUGAGCCACUUUCCCAGAGAUGGGAGCCUCCUCCAUCAACCGAUUCCAACAUGGAAACCACUGUCAUUUAUGUUGUCCUUGGAGCUGUGGCCAUCAUUGCAGCUGUGAUCAUUGGAGCUGUGGUGACUGUUGUGAGGAAGAGGAGGAGAAACACAGGUGGGAAAGGAGUCUACACCCCUGCUCCAGGCACGGACAGCUCCCAGAGCUCUGAUGUGUCUCUCCCAGAUUGUAAAGGUGACACUAUGGGGUCCAACUGGGGAGGGACAAUGUGGACAUGAUUGGGUUUCAGGGACUCCCAGAAUCCUAUGUGAGUGGAGGGUUGUUGGGCUGUUGUCCUCACAGUGAUGGUUUGUGACUCUCGGUCUCUAGCAUGAAGACAGCUGCCUGGAGUGGACUGAGUGACAGACGAUGUGUUCAGGUCUCUCCUGUGACAUCCAGAGUCCUCAGUUCUCUUUAGACACCAGUGUCUGAUGUUCCCUGUGAUCUAUGGCUUCAGUGUGAAGAACUGUGAAGCCCAGCCUGCCCUGCACUUCAGGACCCUGUCCCUGCACUGUCUGUGUUCCCUUCCACAGCCAACCUUGCUGGUCCAGCCUAGGAGUGGGGGUGGGGACAUCUGCAUCCUGUCACUCCCUGCUACCCUGAGCUUCUGCCCCUCAUUUCCACAUUGAGAAUAAGAAUCUGAGUGUGAACUUGAUUGUUCACAUCCUUGACACAAGUGUGGAUGGCUUUUUAAAUUGCUGGAUGGAAUACUUAGAGGUUUUUUGUUUUGGGGUUUUGCUUUGUUUGGUUUUGUUUUUGAAAAAAAUAAAAGGCAGAUGGAGAAGCUUCCAGAA